UGAACAACAUCAGUGAAACUGAAAGAGAUAUAGAUAUAUCAGUUAAACUAAUAUUUCAAUUUUGCAUUUAAAAAAAGAAAAAAAAUCCAAAUAAUAGCCUCCUUCUCGUCGUUCACCACCACUACUCCCACUACCGGUCUUCGUUUCCGCCGAAUUCCGGCGACACGACGCUCCUAACACCGAGAAGCCUAGGUGCUUGGACAUCUAAAUUGUUGGUAAAAUGCUUUCCUUUGAGAUGAAUGAUCGAAAAAAGAUUGGAUUAGGAUUAACUGGCUUUGGUAUAUUUUUCUCUUUCCUUGGGGUUAUCUUCUUCUUCGACAAGGGAUUGCUAGCCAUGGGAAAUAUCUUGUUUGUUUCUGGAGUGUCCUUAACCAUUGGGCUGAAGUCCACUAUGCAAUUCUUCAUGAAACGAAGUAAUUUUAAGGGAACAAUCUCAUUUGGUAUUGGGUUCUUGAUUCUCAUGGUGGGAUGGCCUAUUUUGGGCAUGAUUAUUGAAGCUUACGGGUUCAUCGUACUAUUCAGUGGUUUCUGGCCUACAGUGUCUGUUUUUAUACAGAAGAUUCCUGUUCUUGGUUGGUUGGUUCAACUGCCAUUCAUCCGAUCGUUAUUUGACCGGAAUAGGGGUAAACGAAUGCCUGUGUAGUGUAUCACAUGGAAAUCAUUGCAAAUAUGUCACAACUAGCAAGCGCAUUUGUAACCGAAUGUAAAGAAAAUACUCUCAUAUGGGGAUCUAACAAUGUGAACUGAGAUCAACUUCUGAUGGUAGAAAAUGAUUCAUUUUAUCAUGAUAAUCAUUUAAGGCAAAGAGAAUUACAGAGGGAAAAGGGUUUUUCACAGUUUUAACUUUGCUACUUGUUUAGCUAAUACUUAGUGGAAAAUCAAUUGAUCUCAGGAGUUGUGACUUAUGCUAGUAUUCCAAUCACACGCCUUUGGCAAGCAUAGGUGACAUUCAUUCAUAUUGAUCAUAGGAGUAUAAUCAUUUUAAACUAAAAGAUGUUAGCAUAGCAAUAUGGAAUUAUUUUCUGUCUUAAAAUUUUUUGAAGUAUAAAUGUUUGAUAAUUGAUAGAAA